UGGCUUUUAUCUAAUGGGCGGCUGUUUGAGUUUGGGCGUCUCCCCUUCUUCUAGUCUUCAUGCGUCUAAUUAUUUUUUUAUUUGUGGUGAAUUUGUUGUUUUGGUUGAAGACUUUGGUAAAAGAUGAGGAAUAUCGACAAGAAGUGUUAUGUCACGUAAAAUGGCUGUUGGUGCCCAUGUAUUUAAUCUUCGUUUAUUAUCAAACCGCCAAUAGGCCACACCAUAGACAUUUUAGAUAUGUUAGAUUGUAUUUAUAAAUUAUAAUCAAAUCAAUGGUACCUAUUUGGUAUAAUAUAUAAUAAUAUAUCUGCGGGCAAUCAAAGACCGGCGACACCGAGUUCGUAAUAACUUGCAAAACAAAAUGUUUGGAAUUCAGAUUGAAAGAAUUUAAAUUUAUUGAAUGGCAUUUUACAAAUGUUAACUAUCAUGUAUCGGAAUCAAUUUUGUUGCUGAGAGUAUCAAUCAUUAAAAUGGGGCUUUUGACAGAUCCAUCAGUCGGUCAUGGAGCCCUAACUAGCAUUUUUGUACGACAUCACUAUCGAUUUUCUGUUGUGAUGUAUAUUGCUUCUAUAAUAUUAUUUUGUGUUUUAGCACACAAUAGCUUCAGCUCACAAACUUACUUUUCCGAAAAUGCUCUUCUUCCUGGAUUGGUAAAAGGUCAACUCAGUGAUAGCACAGGAACAUCUUUUAAAAACCAUUAUCGAGAACUUAAAGCAGAAGCUUACCAUAUGGAAAAUGAAACGCCACAUUCAUAUUUGAUCUCAAAAUUUAAAAAUUUACGUUUAGAAACGUAUUCACAUAAUUAUACGUUGAAUUAUCCACUAAAGAAAAAUACAAAAUACAGUGGGCGCAAUGUUUAUGGUAUUUUAAGAGCUCCGAGAAGCGCAAGUACAGAAUCAAUAGUAUUGAGUGUACCAUACAGGGCACCAAUGAGCAUCUUUCCUAGUACACUACCUGGGCUUGCAAUUAUGUUUCAAAUCGCACAAUUCUUUCGCCAGCAAAAAUAUUGGGCUAAAGAUAUUAUAUUUUUGGUCACUGAACAUGAACAACUCGGCAUGCAAGCAUGGUUAGAAGCAUAUCACGGAACCUGUUGUGGCUCAUUAGGUAUACUAGACGCAGGAAAACUUAAUGGUCGUGCGGGUGCAAUACAAGCUGCCCUUAAUUUAGAAAUACAUUCUGAAAAAAUUGAUCAUGUUGACGUUAAGCUAUUUGGUUUAAAUGGACAAUUACCCAAUUUAGAUUUGGUAAAUUUAGCUCAUCGAUUAUGCAACAAGGAAUCGAUCAGGCAUACAUUCAAUAACAAAGAUGGAGGAGCUAUUGGGCGUGCUAAAGCUACUAACUACAAAACAAAUUUAAGUACAAUGAUUUCAAUGGUAUUGACUCAAGCUACUGGAGUCCCUGAUGGUAAUCAUGGAUUAUUUCACAGAUUUGGCAUCGAAGCUAUUACAUUAGAAGGUCAUGAAAAAAAAGGCCGUGGUGAUUAUAUUAGUGUUUUACAAGUUGGAAGAGUUAUUGAAGGGAUGUUUCGCAGUUUAAAUAAUUUACUUGAACGUUUUCAUCAGUCGUUUUUUUUUUAUUUAUUGCCCUCUACUGAUAGAUAUGUUUCAAUUGGGUUAUAUAUGCCUUGUUUGGUGUUGUUAGUCGGUGCAUUAUUUUUAAAGGCUUUUUCUACAUGGAUUCAACAUUCUUCUAAUCAACAAUCUAGUGAUUCAUCUAAAGACGAUACUGUAUUUAUUCAUGAAAAUUUGAACAUUGGUGUGGUCAGUGUGAUAAUAUUAGGCUCUCAUGUGUUUGGGUUAGUUCUGUUACCAAAUUUUGCACCUAAGUAUUUUACAUACUUUUGGAAUGGAGUAUCAACCCAUCAUGCUAUGUUAUUUGGAUACGGUUGUGUAUCUGUUCUAACAGUUGGACUAUUACCGAUUAUAAUGAAGAAAAUGUUAAGUUCCUUAAAAACGCCUCAUUGGGUUUUGUUACACGUGAUAUGUCUUCUAGAACUGGGCAUUGGCCUUCUGUGUGUUGCCAUGCAUAACUUCUCACUUGGAUAUAUUACAGCUUUGAUUUACAUAAUUCCCGCAGUUUGCACAAAGUCGAGCAAUAACAGAAUGUUGAUGAAGUUUUUCUGGGUGCUGGUCCAUCCAAUGUGCCUUCUGUUUUGGGCAACUGCAUAUUUCACAUACAAUGCAUAUCCUGAGUUCACAAUAUCAGAAUAUUUUGACAAAACUAUAGAUGCUUCAGGACAGUGGAUAGCACUUUCAGCCGUGGACAAUAUGGUUUAUGGAAAUUGGGCAUUUUCGGUCGCUGUACUAUUAUUGUUACCCGUGUGGCUGUCGUUUUGGUGUCUAUUGUUUCUUCCGACUGAUUUCCACAAAGAUAAAGCCAAAAUGGAAUAAAGAACAAAUAUAUUUAAAAAAAAAAACAUUAAAUUAUUUCAUUUAUUUAAUCAAUAAUUUAUGUACAAAAUAUUUUUAAGUUAUAAUAAAGAAAAAAAAAUCAAUGU